AUGGAUCAAGGGUGGCAACCCUACCAAGAUCCCCUCAUGGGUCGUCCGGCGCAGUUCAGCACCGGCUUGGCCUCGCAUCCGCAGCAGCUGGGCUCGAAGUACAGCGGUCAGCCCCAGCAAUCACAGGCGCCCGUCGGAUUCACCUACGAGCCCAUGCAAACCCCCGGCACCUCCUCCAAGCUGCCCUCCGCCGGCCUCAGCUCCAAGCCGGUCUCGAUGGCCUCCUCGCCCUCUGCGACGCCACGUAGUCGGGAUUAUGUCACCGAUGCCGACAGCACCAUGGAGGACGCGGAUCCAUAUAAUCGGACCAAGUACCCGUCGCGGCCGAACCAUCACAGCCGCGCGUCGUCUCAAUUCCUCUCCCAGGCCGAGGAGUCGUCCUCGGCGGCCCGCAGAUACUCCCCCAUGAAUGUCCUCUCGUCGCCGCCAAUGUCAUAUCCGACCAGCCCCGGCAAAUCCCAGGGCGCCUACGGUUUCCCGACGGCCCAGGGCCAAGCGCGACGCUCCCCUGCCCGAGUCCCAGACUACGCCUCGCCGCCGCAAGGCUAUCAGUCGCCGCCCUGUGAGUCUCCGAUGGCUUCGCUGGAAUCUCAAACGUCUCAUCUUCGUCUGGACCCUAACUCACAGCCCACAGCUGCCAACCGUCCCCCUAGACUGCCGCCCCUCCAGGCGCCCGACCUCAGCCCCGAUCAGUACUACCCUCCCUCCGCGUCCUCCCACAUGAGUCCACCCGCUUUUGGUCACGGUUCGCGAUCCCCUCGAUCGGGCUCGCUACCAUCGCAGGUCCCGGGCCGGGGACCCGUCCCCAAGUUCCAGAAGAUCAAAUCUGUGCAGGAGCUGCAGCCUCGGGUGCACACCCAACCGGCAUAUCGGCGCGCCAACCCGGAAGGAGGCUUUAUCAGCGUAGGUGCCCCUGCUUCCCAAUCGUGUCCACCAGACCCCAAACUCACAUUGACCUCAUCACAGCCGCUUCAAGCUUUGACGACCCACCUCCCCGCGACGUAUCGGAUCUGCAACCCCAACUUCAACUACGAGUCCUCGCGGAAUCCCCGCCGUGUGCUAACCAAGCCCAGCAAGGGAGUUAAGAACGACGGAUACGACAACGAGGAUAGCGAUUACAUUCUCUAUGUGAACGACAUCCUAGGCAGUGAAGAGGCCGGUCAUAAGAAUCGUUACCUCAUUCUUGAUGUUCUCGGUCAAGGUACAUUUGGGCAGGUCGUCAAAUGCCAGAAUUUGAAGACCCAAGAGGUGGUCGCCGUCAAGGUCAUCAAGAACAAGACGGCUUACUUCAACCAGAGUAUGAUGGAGGUCUCCGUGUUGGAUUUGUUGAACAGCAAGUACGACAAGAACGAUGACCACCACCUGUUGCGACUGAAGGAUACUUUCAUUCACCGACAGCAUCUCUGUUUGGCAUUUGAACUGCUCAGUGUCAACUUGUACGAGCUCAUCAAGCAAAACCAAUUCCGAGGUCUGAGUACAACUCUCGUCCGCGUCUUCGCACAGCAAUUGUUGAAUGCAUUGAGUCUUCUGAACAAGGCCCAUUUGAUCCAUUGCGAUCUGAAACCAGAGAAUAUUCUCUUGAAGAAUCUCGAGAGCCCCAUCAUCAAAGUUAUUGACUUUGGUUCUGCAUGUGAUGAGCGCCAGACGGUCUAUACUUACAUCCAGUCACGUUUCUACCGUUCGCCCGAAGUCCUCCUCGGUCUGCCAUACUCAUCAGCCAUUGACAUGUGGUCACUUGGCUGCAUUGUUGUCGAGCUUUUCCUCGGCCUGCCACUAUUCCCCGGUUCUUCAGAAUAUAACCAGGUUACCCGCAUUGUCGAGAUGCUUGGUCUUCCUCAGACCUGGAUGCUGGAGAUGGGCAAACAGUCCGGUGAAUUCUUUGAGAAGACUCAGGAUGAGUACGGGCGUAAGACCUACCGUCUUAAGGGCCUGGAGCAGUACUCGCGAGAGCACAACACCAAGGAGCAGCCCAGCAAGAAAUAUUUCAAUGCGUCGACAUUGGAAGAGAUCAUUCGCAGCUACCCGAUGCCGCGCAAGAACAUGAAGCCGGCAGAGGUGGAGCGAGAACUAAACAAUCGGGUUGCCUUUAUCGAUUUCGUGCGAGGCCUGCUCGCCAUUAACCCUCUCGAGCGAUGGUCGCCUCAGCAAGCCAAAUUACAUCCGUUCAUCACUCAGCAAAAGUUCACCGGUCCGUUCAUGCCUCCGAUGAACUUAAAGUACUCAUCUCUCAACAAGACCGUUGCUCCUGGUGUUCAGCAGCAGCAGCAGGCUGAGGCUGCGAGCAAGCAGAGAGCCGCGCAAGCCGCGCACGCUCAAUCGGCCCAUGCACAGUCAGCAUACUCCAUGCAACAGCAGAUGAGCCAGUAUCCGCCUCACCACCAGGCGCAGCCGGUGUACAAUGGCAUGUAUCAACAGGGCCCACCUCCCCCUUACCCGACCCAGCCACCGGGUUAUGGUCAUCAGAUGAAUAUGGUUCCUGGCCAGGUGCCUCAGGGCCAGUAUGCGCCCUCCCAGAGCCUCUACGCCCAAGCCACUACUCGGGCAGGCCGUCAACGUGCGUCGACGAUGGAUCCUCAGGGUGGAGGCAUCCCGUCUACGAUCCAGCGAGUGGCGAGCCACCUGGAUCCCAACGCUCCUAUCCGACUGCAGCCCAGCCCUGCAUACUACCCGCCUCCUCCCGAUGGCUACGUUGACGCCAACACCAACCAGCGACGACGUGGAAGCCGUACAGGUGGUGGCAACCAGCGGAACCGUGACUUCAUCCGCACUCUCGAAGACGGCGUGUUGAGCGAGAGCUACAUGGGCCAGAACCAAUGGCACUAA